UAGCGUGAGCUUAUAACCCAAGCAGGGGCAAGGAGGCGGUCGAACAUUGAUUCGGUUCUAACGGGUAGGGUUUGUUGAGGCUUGAUCUGGUUCGCCCAGUCUAAGUAGGGAGUUGGACCACGCGACUCGGGCGAAGUCUCGGGUUUCAAGGUCCUUAGAGUGGAGGGCCCCGCGUCAGGCUGGUUUCGCAGAGCAACGACAACCCUCUUCUCGUCGGUGGAAGGAUAACGAAUCGGUGCCUCGCUGUCCCACUGAACAGAGUUCAAUCAGACGGCCACCUUUUUCUUUUUCUUUUUUUUUAGGUUUUUUUUCUUUUUCAUGUCUUGAUCAGGGUCUAAUUGGCGUCUUUCGGUUCAGAAAGGAAAAUGGGAAAAGGGUUGGAAGGUCUUACAGACGAGGAUCGACGGGCGUUGAGGGGAAGCAAAUUUGCGCCUUUGCCAUUACCACCGCCUCCCUCACGAAUUCAACCCAGGUUGGCUCAUCCUGGUGGACCGCUGAAAACGAACAAAGCUGCUGCUUUGGCAAAGUUUCUUGAAAGAAAACUCCAGGAGCCUGGUGGAUUGGCUUCUAUAAAUCCCGAUCUUCUUGAGUUGGCUGUUAAAAAUGCUAAAGACACAAUAAAUGCUAGUGGGACUUCAAAUUCAGGAAGAACAAUUAGGCAUGUUACUUCCUUCGCUGAAUCUGAGGAUUUUGAUCAAGAUAAAGACAUAAAACGAGGUAAGGAAGAAGGAACUAAGCUAAAGAAACAUAAAAGAAAGAGAAAGAAAAACAAGAAGCAGAAGAUGGUAGAAAGCCAUGAAAUAACUAAACCAGGAAAGCGCAAAAAGAAGUCAAAAACAUAAUUUUGACUUUUGAGGCCAAAAAACUUUCCUAAUUUAUAACCUGGGACUUGUACUGGUCACCAAAAAGCGGAAAUGGAACUUUAUAUUUUUUGGUGGUUGGGGGGGAGGAAUGGAGUUCUGCAGGAAUGCUUUUGCGGUGGGGGAGAAGUUCUGCAGGAAACCAUACCAGCCAUUCUUUUGGUUGAAUACUGAAAGACAUACCUGUUGUUCAGCUCAUUAUCCACUCGAAACCUGAGAGGAGUGUCUCACAACUGUCAAUAGAUCAAUUGAUGUGAUUUUUUUUUCUUCACAAUCAAAUUCUAGUUGAACAACAUGUUCUGGCAGUAAUGAAAUCAUUUCCAGUGGAUGAGAGUUUUAUCGAUCGCCGUUGAAAAGGCGAAACCUCAUAUGUAAUUAUUUUCUUAUAUAUAAUCCAAAAAUAAGUGGAUAAAGAACAA